CUACCGCCCAGUUUCUGGGCGGUGCUAAGAUGGACGCUCUACAGGCUCGGGAGCGACUCCGGCGGAGAUACCUGUUCCCUCGGGACGCGGUGGUCCCACUGGACCGCGAGGGCUACGCCUGUCCGGAAACCUCUACACCUGUUGAGAAAAAGGAGAAACCUCUUCCAAGACUUAAUAUCCAUUCUGGAUUCUGGAUUUUGGCAUCCAUUGCUGUGACCUAUUAUGUUGAUUUCUUUCAAACCGUUAAAGAAAACUUUCACACCAGCAGUUGGUUUCUGUUUGGCGGUACCUUGUUGCUUGUUAGCUUAUCGAUUGCAUUUUACUGCAUAGUCUAUCUGGAAUGGUAUUGUGGAAUUGAAGAUUAUGAUAUCAAGUAUCCAACGUUGAUACCUAUUACAACUGCUACUUUUAUUGUAGCAGGAAUUUGCUUCAAUGUUGCUUUAUGGCAUGUGUGGUCAUUUUUCACUCCACUGCUGUUGUUUACCCAGUUUAUGGGGGUUGUAAUGUUGAUCUCACUCCUUGGAUGAUUUCUAAAGGUGUAAGGGCAUGUCAGUUUAAAGUGAAUGAUUAAUAUCCUGCUAGCUGAAAGCACCGCAGACGUAAUGGAAAAGCUACAGUGUGUUUUUGCAUCUGUGAAGUGAAUGAUUUCCUUGGAAGAAUUGUAACUUUAUAGCUCUGUAGUUGAAAUCAGAAUAAAUUAUAUUUCAUUUGCAUAUUCCUAAACUCAUUAUUGACUUUUUCAGAUUCAAAGUAGAAAUAUUCUAUUCAAGACAGAAAUAACUAAUUUGCAGUGUUAAUCUGUUUGGAUCAUUGGAGAAGUUGUUGGUGUAAAAAUUUAAAUGAAUUUUCAUUAGAGAUGCAUAAUGUACUCCCGAUAGUGUAGAGAAGUUGUUCACUCUUCCAUUUAAGGGUGAGCAGUUCAGUGUAUGAGAUGACUGGCUGUGUAUAUAAAGGAAUGAUAGUGUCAUGUGCCUUUAACCCAACUUCAGCAAUUCCUAUAUAAUACCAUUUUUACAAUAGUUUUGUAAGGAGGAGGACCAGUUGAAAGGAUUUUGUGUUUUCCCAUCACUUAAGAUUUAUCACUGUGUAAAUUACUGGGUUUUUAGCAUUUGUUUAACAUAUGAACUUUUAAUCAUCUUAAGUACGUGUAAUUUUUUUCUUAAUAUUUAAAUAAAGUAUUUCUAUAACUUU